UCCCCCACUCUUACACACACGAGAGGUCAUAAGAAGAGCCACGCUGCCGCCCACUUCUCGAGACGAAUGCUGGACCGUUUCUCUUAUUGUCCCGUUUCUUUUCAUAACGAUCUGUUUAUUCUUCCGCCGCUUCAUAUUCCUCACGGUUGCAUCUACCCCCUUGACUCUUGUCAUAUAUCGGACUAAACUCGGCAUCUACUUACUCUCCUGCAUAUUUCGUCACUAUGGGUCUGGUAACCGAGAUCAAGACGCCAUUGAUCGGCAGCUACCAGCAGCCCACCGGCCUGUUCAUUAACAACGAAUGGGUUGAGGGCGCGGAGAAGAAGACCUUCGAGGUCAUCAAUCCUGCCACGGAGGAGGUGAUCUGCUCCGUUUCCCAGGCGACAGAGAAGGAUGUCGACAUUGCUGUUGUCGCAGCUCGCAAGGCGUUUGAGGGAGUCUGGCAGGAGACUACCCCGGCUCAGCGGGGCCAAUACCUCCUGAAGCUCGCCGACCUCGUUGACCAGAACCUCGAACUCCUAUCCGCCGUCGAAUCGCUCGACAAUGGAAAGUCUAUCAACAUGGCAAAGGGCGACAUUGGUGCUGUCGCCGGCUGUCUCCGCUACUAUGGAGGUUGGGCCGAUAAAAUCGUGGGCAAGACCAUUGACGUCGCCCCGGACAUGUUCCAUUUCACACGCCGCGAGCCUAUCGGCGUUUGCGGUCAGAUCAUUCCAUGGAACUUCCCCCUCCUCAUGCUAGCGUGGAAGAUUAGCCCCGCGCUGGCCACCGGCAACACCGUCAUCAUCAAGCCCGCUGAGCAGACUCCCUUGUCGGCGCUCGUCUUCGCCAACCUUAUCAAGGAGGCCGGUUUCCCUCCUGGCGUCCUGAACAUCAUCAACGGCUUUGGAAGGGUCGCUGGCGCGGCCAUCUCGGCCCACAUGGACAUCGACAAGGUCGCUUUCACCGGUUCGACUGUUGUUGGCCGACAGAUCAUGAAGGCCGCGGCCUCCUCCAACCUUAAGAAGGUGACUCUGGAGCUUGGCGGCAAGUCACCCAACAUCGUGUUCAACGAUGCCGAUAUCGAGCAGGCCAUCUCCUGGGUGAACUUCGGCAUCUACUACAAUCACGGCCAGGUAUGCUGUGCUGGCACUCGAAUCUAUGUGCAAGAAGGCAUCUACGACAAAUUCCUCGAGGCGUUCAAGAAGCGAGCCCAAGAGAACAAGGUUGGAGACCCGUUCCAUGACGAGACCUUCCAGGGCCCACAGGUCAGCCAGACUCAGUUCGACCGCAUCAUGGGAUACAUCGAGACGGGCAAGAAAGAGGGCGCGACUGUUGAGAUUGGCGGUGAGCGCCACGGUGACAAGGGCUACUUCAUCCAGCCUACCAUCUUCUCCAACGUGAAGCCCGACAUGAAGAUUAUGCAGGAGGAGAUCUUCGGCCCCGUCUGCGCCAUUUCCAAAUUCUCCACAGAAGAGGAGGCCGUCCGGCUUGGCAAUGACUCUUCCUACGGCCUCGCUGCCGCUGUUCACACUACCGAUCUGAACACGGGCAUCCGCGUGAGCAAAGCGCUCAAAGCCGGCACGGUCUGGGUCAACUGCUAUAAUCUUAUUCACCACCAAGCUGAAUUCGGUGGCUACAAGCAGAGUGGCAUUGGACGUGAAUUGGGAGAGAUGGCGUUGUUAAACUACACCGAGAACAAGACUGUAGCGAUCAGGCUGGGAGGUGCUAUGUUUUAGGUAGGUGACGGGAGGAUAUGAGAAAUUCGAAAAAACCUGCUCCCAAUUUAUGACCUAUUAUCGUCGGGAG